AUGGCUGCCAUCCUCUCCUCAGUUGCUCGUCCCUCUAUCCGCCACUUCUCGGCUCAUCGUCCUCGACCUGACUCUCGCGCUACUCGUGCCAUCACCAUGGGAUUCAUCGUGUCCGGUGUAGUUCUUCCAUUUGUGCCCCCGGCCCUAGAAAGCUCCCGACAACGCAGCCUGGGAAUGUCUACUAGCGCAAAGUAA